AUGACGGCAAUCAAUCCAGUUACUCAUGCCUCUGGUGCUCCUCCUAGCUUCACAAUUAGACUUGCGGUUAUGGAGUAUCUAUCCGCCCAGAGAUAUACAUCAGACACUAUCCCACUGUCUCUAGGGGCUGUAAUAACGUUAUGGAAGGAGCUGCUGAAGUUGUCUAGAUACCACUCACAACAACAUGAUGAGACCGCUUGUGAGCAAGGCCACACUGAUCUCGUCCGGCACUUUGACGAAAAAAAUACCUUCUCUACGAUGACCAAAAGAGUGGCUAAGAACGACUCUCUCUCUCUCUCUCUCUCUCUCUCUCGCAAAGCUAGCUAUGAACUUUGGAACCGAUGUCAAUUAAUUCGCAGCGCGCCGAUGGUGGACUUGCUUCUCGACGGGGUUGAUGCCAGGGAUAAAGUGCUAGAUAUCAUAAAUGCGAUGGAAGAAGAGAUAGAGAGGAAUGAAUUUGCAGAGGGUAUGCUUGAAGACGAAACUUUGAUUUGCGAGGCGAUAGCGGCUAAUCAAGGAUAUCGGGAGGGAUUAGUAGUAUGCAAUCGUAUAAAGGAAAUACAUGCUUCCUUCUAUCAUAUCAAGAAACGCGAAUCAAGCCUUGGAGUGUAUACUCUAGCUAAUCCGCAUCUGACUCCUUAA